CCUGUUUAUCAGCCUCACAAGAAAUUCACAUUCAAUUGCAGCGGCAUUGCUAAGAAUAAGGAGAGGAUAUUGAGAGUGUUUUUGUUCAUUCCCUCCAAAAGCAAGGAAUGCCGAUCACACAAAUUCCAUUGUGUUAUUUUAUUGUGCUACAAUGAAGACCAACAGAUUCAUACAAUGUCAUCACUGACCCAUCUCAACCAGAAUAUCGGAGCGCUCUGCAAACAUAGUUAUUUGAAGCAGGCUAUACACAUUCUUCUUACUACUCACUAUCCUCUUCUAUACUCUUCUACAUACAUUCAUCUUUUGCGCGCUUGCAGAUCCAAAAAAGCCCUAUCAGAAGGUAAGCAAAUCCACUCUGACAUCCAUUGCAACGGAUUUACAUCUGCCAAAGACACUCUCCUCCCCAAUACACUUAUCCGCAUGUAUGAUAGAUGUGGAAGUUUGGUGGAUGCUCACAAAGUUUUCGACGACAUUCCUCAACCAAACGUUUAUUCAUGGAAUAUGAUAAUUGCAGCUUACAGAAGGCAUAACCUUCCUCUACAGGCAUUCACAAUGUUUUACCAAAUGCAACAAACAGCUGUCCAGCCGGAUGAAUUCACUUUCUCCGCUAUUACCCCACUAUGUGUGAACUUGGCAUCUCUGAAACAUGGAUUGCAGAUCCAUGGAAGGAUUAUUAGAUAUGAAUUUCAGUUCUGUGACAUUGUGACGAAUACACUAAUAGACAUGUACGCUAAGUGUGGAAAACUAGAGAAGGCGCGCGAAUUGUUUGACAGAAUGCAUAAUGCAAAUGUGGUCGCAUGGAAUGCCAUGAUUACAGGAUAUGCACAACGUGGGUUCCUUGACGAGGCUUUAAGGGUUUUUGAAGAAAUGCCCCACAAAAAUGUUGUCUCAUGGACUGCAAUCAUUGCUGGAUUCGCACAAGGUGGGCUUGUUGAAAUGGCAUGGGUAAUUUCAAAGAAAAUGCAAUUGGCAGGUGUAGAGCCAGACUCGGCGACGUUUGCCUGCAUUCUCUCCGUGUGCGCCAAGAUGGGAGCUCUUCAUCAGGGUCUGGAAAUUCAUCAAAAGGCAAUUGAGGCCAGAUUCCUGUCAAAUGUUGUAAUUUUGACUGCUCUGGUAGACAUGUAUGCAAAAUGUGGAAGGAUGGAGAAAGCGCACGAUUUGUUCGACCAAAUGCCUCAUCGAAAUGUAGUCUCAUGGACUGCAAUCAUUGCUGGAUAUGCACAAAAUGGACAGGUUGGAAAAGCUUUGGAGAUUUUUAAUCAAAUGCAAUUGGCAGGUACGAAGCCAAAUUCGUCGACCUUUGUUAGUAUCCUUCCAGCUUGUGCCGAAAUGGGAACUUUGGAACAUGGUAUCAAUAUCCAUCAAAAAAUAAUUGAAAGUGGAUUUUCGUCGGAUCUUGUAGUUGUGACUGCACUGAUGCACGUGUAUGCAAAAUUUGGAAACACAGAAAAAGCCUACCAAAUGUUCGAGAAAAUCCAUAAUGCAGACGUAGUUUCAUGGAAUACAAUGAUUACAGGAUACGCACAAAAUGGUUUUCUUGAUAAGGCUUUGAGGCUUUUCGAAGAGAUGCCUCAUCGAAACACAGUCUCAUGGAAUGCGAUCAUUGCUGGGUUUGGACAAAAUGGCCUUGUUGAAAAGGCUAUGGAGAUAUUUAAGCAAAUGCAACAGACGGAUAUAAAGCCAGAUGCAUCUACGUUUGCCAGUAUUCUGCCAGCAUGUGCAAAAAUGGGAACUUUGGAACAGGGCAUGGAGUUCCAUCAAAAAAUAAUUGAAAACGGCUUUUUGACGAGCACCGUUGUCACUGCUUUAAUAGACAUGUAUGGAAAAUCAGGCAGCUUAAAGAAGGCUAGUAAAUUGUUUGACAAAAUAAAACCUGCAGAUGUAGCAUCAUGGAAUGCCCUGAUUGCGGGAUAUGCAAUGCAUGGCCAUAGCAAGGAUGCCCUCAAACUCUUCGAACUAAUGAAGCUUUCAGAAGCCAACCCCAACCAUAUAACCUUUGUUUGUAUUUUAUUUGCAUGCAGCCAUUCAGGUUUAGUGGACGAUAGCUGUAGAUAUUUCAAUCAGAUGACUGACUCUUAUGGCAUCAUGCCUGCAAUUGAUCAUUAUGUAUGUAUGGUUGACCUUCUUGGCCGUGCUGACUGUUUUGAGAAAGCCUUAAACUUCAUCAUGAAAAUGCCAAUGAAGCCCGAUUCAGUUGUGUGGUUGAGUUUGCUUGGCGCUUGUAAAUCACAUGUGAAUAUAGGGCUAGGAGAAUUUAUGGCAACACUCCUUUUUGAGUUGGAUCCUACUAACGGUGCGCCAUACAUACUUCUCUCAAACAUUUAUGCAAAAGCGGGCAGGUGGGCCGAGGUUCAGAAGGUAAGGAAAUUGAUGAAAGAUAGAGGGAUACAAAAGAUACCUGGAUGUAGUUGGAUUGAAGUCCAGAAAAUGAUACAUGUAUUUUGCGUGGGAGACAGAUCACACCCACAAACACAAGACAUCUACGCAAAGUUAGAGAAACUGUCUUGGGAGAUGAAAGCAGCAGGGUACAUUCCAGACACAAGACCUGUAUCGAAUGAUGUUGAGGAGGAGGAGAAGGAAUUUCUCCUUUCCCACCAUAGUGAAAAGUUGGCAAUUGCAUUUGGGUUGCUACAGACGGCCAAUGGAACAACCAUUAGAAUUGUCAAGAACCUUCGAGUAUGUGGUGAUUGCCACACUGCAACCAAGUAUAUUUCCAAGGUUGUUGAGAGAGAAAUUAUUGUGAGAGAUGCACACCGUUUCCAUCAUUUCAAGCAUGGAAAAUGUUCCUGUGGAGAUUAUUGGUGAAUUUAAGUGAAUCAAACUGUAACAUACGCUUGCAAUAUAACAAGAUGUAUGGGGUCAGACCUGAAGUGGUCGUACAGUCUUGGGCUGAAAAUCUGGAGAAAGAAGAGUGCACCCAGCAGGAAACGUUAGGAAAAGAGUUACAUUCAAGGCACUGUUACGAUAUUCUGAAAGCAUUUCUUAUCCCUAAUUAUUCCCCCUUUCGGCAUUUUCUUCGGUAUUUUUGUCUGAAUUAAUAAUGUUGGCUUGUGCUUGUGUCAGGUCGACAAUUUGGCCCUAAAAUUUAAAUUGUGUGUCAGGUGGAUUUUGUCUUAUAGAACAGCAAGGACAUAUUGCCUGGAGUUACAGUUAAGAAUCAAAACUGUUCAAAGCUGGUUGCUGGAAUUCAUUAGUGGAGAGGAGUGAAAAAUCACUAUCGGGUCUCUGGGGUUUGGAAGAUCUCUUGUAUAAUAAAUUUGAUUUCCCGCCCAGACACAUGAUAUGGAUCAGCUCCUUUUAUGAAAACCAUAAUAUUUGGAAAUGAUAAAUGCUUAAAACAUCUCCCUGUAUCAUGUCCCUUGAUUUGCCAAUAAUAUAUAUGGAUUUAAUCAUAACUGUUUACAGGAAAUGGCGGGAAGACAAUAAGGUAAUUUGGCAAAUGACAUUGUAAGUACAUUUUCCUAUUAUAUUUUGCCACUUUAAUUAGUGAAGUGGUGGGAAAGAAUUUAUUCUGGUAUCUUUGAUCUUAAUUUGUACAAUCUAUGAUAUAUGCAAGUAUUCA